AUGGCCUUCUCAUGCUCAACCUAUACUACAACGCGCGCACUCACCUACUCUUACAUUCAUAUCCCGCCCCAGCUCCCAAACACUCAAUACUUUCUCUUCCUACAUGGCUUCCCCUCUACAUCGCAUCACUGGCGCCAUCAGAUUUCCUUCUUCAAGGCAAAAGGCUAUGGAAUCAUAGCACCAGACUUACUAGGCUUCGGGGAGACGUCAAGACCGACUGGGUUAGAGAUGUACAAGGGUGAGGAUAUGGCAAGGGAUAUUGUUGAAAUCUUGAUGUCAGAGGGCGUUGGAAUGAUGGUGGGCGUGGCACAUGACUGGGGUUGUUUCCUUUUGUCACGACUAACAAAUUAUCAUCCCGAGCGCUUUUCGGCCUAUGCGUACAUCGACCACGGAUACAUGGCCCCUGGCCGUAGCCUCACUACCGCGGCGGUACAACAUAUCAAUAGAUCGGUGGAAGAAAAACUUGGGUUUUCAAUCCUUGGGUACUUCCUUUUCUUUGAUGACGAGGAUGCUCCUAGGCUCCUAGAUGAACAUGCAAAGUCCCUCUACUUUACUACCGACGAAGAGAUCAACAAGAAAUACAAGGGCGCUCUGGGCGGUUUACGCUCUUGGUUGACCGAGGGCAAGACUACCAAGUUGCCAGCCCAUUUGACAUCAGAGGAUCGCAAACAUUAUGAACACGCUUUCUCCAAGGAGAAAGGUGGCUAUGGCCCUGCGAUAAACUGGUAUAGGGCUUCUCUGCGUAACAUUAACGAAGAAGAUGAACGAAAAAUCACAACGGCUGCCCACGUCCUAACGCACCCAACCCUAUUAAUCGCGUCUACGAACGUCAUUACUGCCACAAUGAAUAUUCCAGAGCAGAUGCUCCCUUUCGUGCCCGAUCUCAUAGUUGAGCAAGUUGCUGGUGGACAUUGGCUGCAGCUAGAGAAGCCAGAUGAAGUGAACAAAAUUCUGGAUAAGUUUGUAGCAAGGUUGGGAACCGAUUAA